AUGCCUACCCACUUAAGCAAAACCCGCAAGCACCGCGGUCACGUCUCCGCCGGACACGGUCGUGUAGGAAAGCAUCGCAAGCAUCCCGGUGGACGAGGUCUGGCUGGUGGACAACAUCACCACAGAACAAACAUGGACAAGUACCAUCCUGGUUACUUUGGAAAGGUCGGAAUGCGGUAUUUCCACAAGCAGGGCAACCACUUCUGGAAGCCUGUUAUCAACCUUGAUAAGCUCUGGUCCCUUGUCCCCGCCGAGAAGCGCGACGAAUACCUCGUCGGCAAGAAGACCGACACCGUUCCCGUUCUCGACCUCCUCCCCCUCGGCUACUCGAAAGUUCUCGGCAAGGGCCGAAUCCCUGAAGUCCCAUUGGUAGUGCGCGCGAGAUGGUUCAGCAAGGAGGCGGAGCGAAAGAUCACUGAGGCUGGCGGUGUUGUUGAAUUGGUUGCAUGA